UUUAUUUUCACUUUAAUCCGUUAUUUUUGAUUGAUUUUUAUUUCAAAAUUAACCUCGAUCAUAUUUUUUGUAAAAAUGAGUUUCGAGCGGGUCGCGAAUUCGCCCUGUACGGACCUUUACUGCCAAAGACGCAACAUCGAUUCGAUCCGUUCGACCCGAAUCGCGCACCACUCCGAUUUACCAAAACUGAGAGAUUUGGUUCAAGUUGAAACUACGAUGAUGUUUGGGCAGAUUGAUAUCGAUAGAAUCUUCAAUUUAAGUAUGAUCGGAAUAAUUUGUACAACAUCAUCCGAAAACAUAAUUGGUUGCGUUUUUUUCGCCCCAUUUCCCAACAUCCCGAGCAUCCCAUCCAACGCUUGGGAAUCUUGGAUCCACAACAAAUACAACUUAGAAAGCGCGAAUUCGCAAUCAACCCAAUUCAUACAAAUCGUUUUAUACCACCAACAAUACAAGAAAAUCUUUUUAAAACCAAUCCUAACCAAAAUCUUUGGAAUGUACCCCGAAUUAAGCUUGAUCGUGCUCGUUGUUCCACCGAGAAUUAAACUCAUAGAUUGGACGUGCGAUUUAAGCACGACGAUCCAAUCGGACGAAGAAGUCCAAGGGCAAACUUUGCAGGUUUUUUUAAGGCAAAAUUUCGUCGAUUUAUUCCGAAUUAGGAUGGGGGUUAUGGAAGAUAACGACGAUUUAGUCCCAAUCGUUGAUUUAUGCAAUACAAGAUUAAAAAGGAUUUAUGGGGAAUAUUACAUAGCCGAGAUAAUCAGCGAAGAUAAAAACAGAGAGGUAAUCGUCGCUGAGUACAACCAAGAAACGAUUGGAUUAGUCAUAUUCAAUUCAAACCUAGAUUACGACAUAUUAAACAAAAAUUUUCAAUUGGAGUGCUUUUACGGGUUAAAAAAAAUCGGGGGAAAAGAUUUCCGCAAAAAAUCGAUCGUCAUAGACGACCUAUUUAGUCGAAUUUUUUCGGAAGAUCUCGAUCACAUCAUUGAUUUAUCCAAAGUCGAAUCGUUUAGUUUUAUUUCAAAAAAAAAUGAUGAUGUAGCAACUCCAAACGAUUUAGAUUCAAAGAAUUUAAACGAUUACGUGAAUCAAAUCCCGAUUUCUCAAAAUUCGUCUUAUUCGUAUUACCUCAAAAAAUCGACAACGAAAAACUUAAACAAAAUCCGAAGCGAAUUCCAAUUCAGCUCCCACAUGUUAACAUUCAAAAACAACGACGAAUCAGAAUUAAAAUCCGAAAAAUAUCGCGAAACUUUCAUAAAAAGGCGAAGCAUCAUCUCGAAUAAACCCGAGGAGAAUCAAUUAAAUCAAUUAUACGUGGGGAAUAAAAACGCGUUCGUUUUGGAGAUAAUCGCCUCAAAACCCAACAAAGAAGACUGCUUUUUAUCGUUAUUAAACGCAGGAUUUGAUUUGUACCCGGAUAAAGAUUUUUGCGUGCUAAGUUUGCCUCAAAACGCUCCAAUUUUUCCUUUAAUCACUCAAUGUAUGGUGAGAGUGAGCCCUUUGGCGACUUCGAAUUUUCCGCACGAACUCUACGUAACUCAUAAAAGCGCAAUUUCGGGACGAAUUAUCAUCGAAACGCCGAAAGAAUCCGAUUUAAACGAAAUCAGAUUAUUUUUAUCGGGGGUUACCCAAAAAAAAGAAAUCCUCAAAGACUUCUUAAUCGCUUUUUACGCAAAAAACAACAACGUGCAACCUUUUGUUAUUAAAUCGGAUAAGAAUUUAAUCGGAUUGGUUGUUUUGCAAGAUAUGAUUAACUUGGAAUAUGUAAUUUCGAGGUACCAAGUGUCGAAAGUAACCGAUUUGUCUGUUCAUAAACCUGGGUCGUUCGGGCAAAUCGUUUAUUUCGUUUUAUCGCCGAUUUUUCAAAAGCACGCCAAGUUUUUGUUGAUGGAGUUGCAUCGAUUGUCCGAUUAUACUUUGUUGUUUUAUUUGCUUUAUCCCGACGUGAAGGAUCGAAAUGUUUAUUCCCGAACCGCUUUGGCGUGCGUUUUGGGCGAUUUAAUUCCGGUUUUGCCGGCGAAAAUGCCCGAAUAUGAUAAUUUAAAGGAGGAAUCGGUUUUUAUGAAGAUUCCGGAUCAACAACUUACCGAAAAACCCUUCGCUGUUUAUGUUUCAACGCCCAUUUAUUGCGGAUUAAGGAGAACCGAAAUAAACUCCCAAAUAGUCGUAAUCGGCGCGAGCGACGCCGGAUUAUCAUUUUUAACGAACUUAAUCUUCCACAACACGAAAAACACCCACACCACAUUCACCAACAUCACCUUGGUCUCAACCCAUGGUUUACCAUCGCACAAACCCAACAAAAUCAAAGACAUGAUGAUCCCGAACACCUCAGAAAUCGGAUCCAGCAGGUAUUUAUCGACGAUUUCUUUACCCACUUACGUCAACGUAAUCGAAGGUGUUAUGUCGAUGAUCGAUCGCGCCAACAAAGCGAUUCUCGUCAAUUCGACUUGGUUGCAUUACGACGUUUUAAUUUUAACAUGCGGAAGUCAAUUUCAAAUCCCCACAAUAAAAGAUUUAAAGGAUGAGGAUAAAAUAAAAGGCUUCGGCGAAAAUAUUAACGACAUUUACGUUGAGUGUCCCGACAACGUUUUUGUGAUUAACACCUUAACCGACGUUGACAUGGCGAUUGAGUCGCUAAAAGAGUUAGGGAAGAUCCUCAAAAAUGAGGAGCACGAAAAUUUAGGGCACAUAAUCGUUUAUGGGAACUCGAUCGAAGCUUAUUCUUGCUUAGAAACAUUAUUAGAACUAAAUUUAUCGCGAUUAAUCUUUGUGGAGCCGCAUAACGAAGGAUUUUUUAACGCGUUCGAAGACGAAGAGAUUUCUAAAACGAUUAAAUUUCGGUUAAGAAGAGACGGGGUUAAGAUUUUGGAGAAUUUUCAUUUUUACACGUGGAGUUACGAUUACGAGGAGACACGCAAAAAUAACGUCAUUGAAAUUCGAUUUAAAAGCGAGAAAAGAUUCAUUUCAAUUCCUUGUUUAGCCGCUUUUCUUUACGGCGAAAAAGCGAUUAGUCGAGUUACAUUAAACGCGAUUAAUCGUGCCAAUUUAAUUUACGACGGCCAUCUCGUAAUCGACGAAGACUUCAAAACGAACGACCCCAAUAUUUACGCAAUCGGAAGGAUCACCAAGUAUCCAAGACGAUUUUACGCCGAUCAUAUGAGACAUAAACAUUUUAACCAAGUUGAAAUCGGGAAGAAAUUGUCCCAAGUUGUUUUAAAACGGUUAAUUAAUCCAAGAUUGAAUCGAAAUUUUAAUCAAGAUGAUAAAGACGAAGACAAAAAGAGAUUAGUUCCGAGAUAUUUCGAGCCGAUUUAUAUUUACGCGAAAUUACCCCGAAAAUUGGAAUACUUUUUGAUUACAAAACCGGGUUUAACAACUCCUCUAGAUUUGAUUGAAAACGACGAUGACCACAAAACGAUUUCAACGGGAAAAGCGCGGUUUUUAACCGAUAAAUGUUACUUCAAAAUACGAAUAGAUCGAUAUAACACGAUCGAAAUGCUCCAAGUCUUAUCAAAAAAGAAAAUUGACACGACUAAUUUGUAUCAUUUAUGGGGAAAGCACGAAUCGUUGUUGAACAAUUUAAUUUUACGCUAUGAUAUGGGUUUAAUUGAGGAUUUGUUUGAUUAUUUCACGCAACCUUCGAUUUAUGCGUUGUAUCACGAUCGAUACGCGAUUCUAAAUCAGGAAUUGAACGAGAUUUUGACAUCUUUGAGUGAUACCCCCGGGACGUCGGUUAUUGAAGAUGUGAUCGAGAAAAUCGAAAAAAAUCAUUAUCAAAAAAUAACUAACGACCAAUUCAAUAAAAUGAUGGUGAAAUUGAAAGAUUCCGAUUAUUUUAAAGAGAUGGAGAAUAAGGUGAUUGAGUUUUUGUCGAAAAACAUGAACUAUUUGCCGAUGUAUUUGACGCCGGCGAUGAUCAAUAUCAUUUUGGGGCCGUACGAGGAGAGCCCGCUAUUUAAGAUAAUGUGACAUAACUUAUUUUUUAUUAAAAAAAUUUAUUAUGUAAUGUGUAAAAUAAUAAAUAGGGUGUUAA